GUUGGCAGCACAUGUGUUGUAGAUGUAGGUUUUACACCAACCCCUGAUGCUGGUGGUACACAACAUAUGUGCUUCAAACCUGGAAGUAAUGGAGAAAAGAGAUGUAUAAUGGUGAAGAUUCAAGACACAUCAUCGUUAAGUUCAACACCUUGUCAGGUCCAUCAUUGUCACAGAGAUGGAUUUUGUUCAGUUCCAUCGGGGACACAAGCUGCUUGUACCUGUCGUUUAGGAUCUACUGGACCUAGAUGUCAAACAGAUUCAACCUCAUCUGUUGUUCCAGUAACAGGAAGUGCCAGUCAGGAGCCUAAUUUUGUUGAUACAGUUGUACCAAGAGAAGUGAAAUGUUACAAGGGCAGAGAAUGCUUGAUUCCAUUUGCUGUCAAGGGGAAUAGUCAGUCAGUUGAAGUCGGAGAUCAUGACAAUGGAAUGAACCCAAUGAUCAAACCUGGUACAAAAAUAACUUCUACUGAUGGUGUGUACGAACAUAUUCUCUCUGUUACACCUCAAACAUCAGAGGGGAAGAAAGAGAUGUGUGUCAAAACAAAAACUGGAAAAGAGGACCAGAUAUGUUUUACAGUUGAUGUAGUUGAUCCACCCACAGACCAAGGGACCACGCCAGAUUUCAUAGGAACAACAUUAGGACCAGACUCCACAGUGGAAUGUCAAACAGAAACUCUAUGUCAUGUUCAAAUACAGACAAAUCAAACAAAUGGAAAGUGCCCUGCUAUUUUAGAAAACACAGACAAGACAUCUAUAUCAGAUGUACAUAUCUUCCCAUCACAAACUAAAAACUGUACAACUGAUAUAGUUUUGAAACCUCGGGUGACAGAAACUGGACAGAAACAACUCUGUGUUCAUUUUAAUGCUGGGACUGGAUCAAAACAGGAAGACAAAGAGAGAUGUUUUAAAGUGACAGUUUCAAAUACAAUAGAUCCUUGCGUUCCUGUAUACUGUAUGAAUAACGGUGAAUGUCAAAUAAAUAAUGGAAAGGGGGAGUGCAUAUGUCCGCCAGGAUUCACAGGAAGCAAAUGUCAAACUGUUAAAUCUGAAAAAGUAACAGCAGUAAAUCUAGGUGUAUUAAAACCGGCACAAGAACAACCUCAUUUUACAAAGACAGCUGUCCCUAAAAUAAUCAAAUGUGUGCAAGAUAUGCCAUGCCAUUUACCAUUGACAGUUACCGAUCCUAGUGGGAAAAAACCAUCAGUUAAGUUUGGAAAAGUAGACCCAGGAAUAGAUACAGAGAAACCUGUGCUAACACCUAUAAAUGGUACAAAAGAUUUUACUACUGAUAUUACAAUUACUCCACAGGAACCAGGUACUAAAACUCUUUGUGUCCAGACACAGACAUCACAGGGAAUGAAUGUAGAUGAGAUUUGUUACCAGGUUCAAACUUCAGCAACAAGACCUUCUCCUGAUGGUCAUCCAGCUUUUACAGCACCAACAGUAACGGACUCUUCCACAUUACUAUGUGAGAUAGGACAAAUUUGUCAUAUACCAUUGACUUAUGAAGGAUUAAAAGGCACUUGUGAAGAAGUAAAUGAAUUGCCAACACAUACAGCUGGAGUACACAUAUUUAAACCACCUGUACAACCCACAGCUGUAGAUAAAUCUUGCACAACAGAAAUAGCUUACCAACCUACAACACCUGGACCUACAAAACUCUGCUUUAAACCAGGAACAUAUGGAGAAAAACGAUGUAUCAACAUUGAAGGGGAACCAACAGGGAAAAAAUUAUCAACUCCUUGCCAAAGCCUCCAUUGCAAAAAUAGUGGUGAAUGUAUCGCAGAUAAUCAAGGAACUGCAAAAUGUGUCUGUACUCUAGGAACAUCUGGUGUGGAUUGUAGUCAAGGUUCAAGUAACUUUAUAACAGACAGAGUAAACAAGACAAAGCCUGCCUUUAUAGACACAGUACUCCCACAGACCAUUGUUUGCUAUAAACUGGAGAAAUGUACAGUUCCAUUCCUUGUCACCAGUACUGGAGGGAUCCAACCAACAGUAGUGACAGGACAAAUUGAUCCAGAUCUUGUUGCUACUGGACCUUCAACCUCAACACAAAUCAAGAAUACAGACUCUUUCAAAUCUGUGAUGACACUUACUCCUACUCAAAAUGGAGAUAAACUAGCUUGUGUACAGACCCAUGAUUCAAGUGGUAAAACAGUAGAUGAAAUAUGUACAAAGGUUAAUGUUAUAGAUCAUCCCAAGACAUCUGCAACUACUUUGCCAGGAUUUACUGAGAAAACAUUUAAACCAGACAGUUUACUUGGCUGUAAAGUGGACCAGGAUUGUCAUCUUCCAAUGGAAACUACAACAAACACAAACGGAAAAUGUCCUACAUUAUCCAGAGACAUACCAGAUACAACAAUACAAGAUGUCCACCCUUUGGAGACCAUAUUAUCAACAGUAGAUAACACUUGUCAAACAGAUGUUGUUAUUCAUCCAAAUAAUACUGAAAUUGGAGUUCAUAAAGUCUGCAUUCAAAUUAAUGUCAGUCCGUCAGAAGAACCAAGGUGUUAUCAGUUAAACGUAACAGAAUCACUGGAUAGCUGUAACCAGAUGACCGCUGCUCAAGCACUUGAGGCUGCUCAGAUGGGCAGAGUUUCAUGUUACUGUAUGGUAAAUGGUACUAGGAGAGAAAUCAUCAAAAGUAAUCCAAAGGCAUCAACUGAACAAUUACUAAAGGCUGCUGGGAUAGGAGCUGGAAGCACAUCUGGUGCCAUGGUGAUAGCCUGGCUUAUAUAUAUGUUGGUGUCAAAGGUCAAAGGCAGUGCUCAAAAUAAACUACCACCUACACCCAGACCAAGGAAGGUUAAACCAUCCAGGAGAAGGUCUCUUGGAUCAGCAUUUACAUGAAAUAAACUGGCAACUUUUACAUAAUUUUGUCUGUUAUUGAUUUUUAUAAUGUACUGUGAUCUAUUGUUAAUAAUUCUGUUAUUUUUUCUGUGAUAAAUUGUUUUGAAUUUAGAAUUUUUCUCUGUGAUAAAUUGUUAUGAAUUCAAUUAUUUUUACCAUUAUGAUUUGUUUGAAAUAAAUUAUUUUUCACUUUA